AUGGCUCCCCGAGAGGAGCUGAUUACCUCUGCAGUAUCCUUUUUACAGGACCCCUCAGUGGCGUCAUCUCCCAUUGAGAAACGAGUUGCCUUUCUCCAGUCGAAAAAUCUCACACAAGAAGAAGUUGAUCUCGCCUUAUCGCGCGUGGGCGAGGACCCGGCCGCGGCUGCUGCGGCCGCUGGGACUGCUUCAUCAUCGCAGAAUUAUUCCUCUUCACAACAGGUUGCAUAUCGCCCACCCUCACAAGCACCCCCGGGAUAUGGAUAUCCCCCAUACAAUCAAUGGCAGCCACCUCCAGAGCCGCCCAAGCGCGAUUGGCGGGACUGGUUUAUCAUGGCGACAGUGAUGGGUGGAGUUGGUUACGGACUGUACUUUGUUGGCAAACGGUAUAUCGCCCCAUUGAUUGCCCCGCCAACUCCUCCCCAGCUGGAGCAGGACAAAGAGAAUAUUGAUGAGCAGUUUUCGCGUGCAUUUGAUUUGAUUGACCAGCUUUCUACCGAUACCGCAGCCCUGAAGGCCGCUGAAGAGGCUCGUACUGUGCGUCUCGAUGCGGCCCUGAAGGAUGUUGAGAACCUUGUUUCAGAUCUCAAGACCUCGUCGCGCCGGAGAGAUGAUGAGACCCGCCGGAUUAGUGAUGAAGUGAAGUCUUUGAAAGAUGCUAUUCCUAAAGCCCUUGAAGGUGCUCGGGAGGGCAACGAGAACCGACUGAAGGAGCUUGGAUCUGAGCUGAAGAGCUUGAAGGUCUUGCUGGGCAACCGCCUGGGUGGUAGCGGCGCUACCCCCGUCGCUGGACGGACUAUUGGCAGCCCUACUCCCACCGCUACACCCGUUCCUCAGCCCGCGGCAGAGUUGACUCCUGCUACUCCCUCGACUAACGGGCUGCACGCGACAGUGACCCCGGUCGAGCAAGAGCCUCAGACUGUCGCUGCCCCUACCCCAGCCCCCGCCAACCAGAGUGCUGACAGCCCUCUCUCGAAGCUCGGCCGAUCUGCAUCCAUCCCAGCCUGGCAGAUGGCCGCUGCCAAUCGAUCCAAGAGCUCUUCCCAGUCUAGCCCGGCUCCCGCCACCGGUGACAAACCGGCUGGAUCCAGCAGCGAACAAUCUGCCCCGCCCAGCUAA